GGGGAUGCAAACGCGCCAUAGAACGAGGUUGUCUUGACGACUCCAUGGCACUGUCUCGACAACUGAUGCACGAGCUUACAUUUUGCCAAGGUGAUUAAUCUCUUAUCGGUACAGGCAUUGCAACGUUUUUGUACCUCUCUGUGAAGCACCUCCUUGUUAUAAUCAUGGAUUGAAGUCCUCGUGGGGCCUAUGCGGGGUGCUGACCUCUUACCUUCAUGUUGGAACCUGUCUAUUCAUACCGUUAACUUCUUUUUUUGCUCUGGUUUAAGUUCGUGUUAAACAAGAACCGGUGAAAGAAAAAGAUAAGAAGUUCAACACAACCCGCAAAGAUGACGAUAGAAUCAGAUCAGCGCUUAGAGCCACGAGAUGGACGGCAGUCAUCGCCGCCUACUUCAGUUAGCGAAAAAGUGCAACCAGGUCAAGCAGAUGGAACUGCAGAAGCACCUCCAGCCGGUUCAGACCCUGAGAAAUCCGGGCAAACGCACGACAACGUCCUGGGAGAUGUGCGAGUGACUGCACCGGGCGUUGCUUCGACCUCUCCAGAAGUAGCUGCAAAUCCCAGCUCGAUUGAUGGUUUUGGUACCGAAGAUGAGGAGUACAUUAGCGGAUACAAGCUCUUAGCCGCUCUCGUGGGCAUCAUCUCUGCCUUCUUCAUUGUCCUGUUAGAUUUUAGCAUCAUCUCGACCGCCAUCCCGUAUAUUACGAGCGAGUUUCACCGGCUUCAAGACGUUGGAUGGUAUGGCGGUGCAUAUCAGUUGUCCAGUGCGGCUUUACAGCCUCUCACGGGAAAAUUCUACACCUACCUCAGUGCGAAACGGCUGUUCCUAUUCUUCAUCGCCAUUUUCGAGAUUGGCUCGUUGCUCUGUGCGGUUUCUACCUCAUCGACAUUCUUCAUCAUAGGCCGUACCGUCGCUGGACUAGGCACAGCAGGCCUUGAGAAUGGGGCAUUAACGCUCAUUUCAGGAGCAGUACCUCUGCACAAACGGCCUUUCUAUACUGGCCUAGUAUUCGCAGUUGGUCAGAUUGGUAUCAUCGUCGGACCUCUGAUUGGUGGCGCUUUAACGCAAUAUGCGACCUGGAGAUGGUGCUUCUACAUUAACCUGCCCAUCGGUGCCGUCUCUAUCCUUUUCCUAUUCUUCACGCACAUACCAGAUGAAACGCUUAAGCCGCCCUUCUCGUUCGCCCUACUCCGCAGCAUCGUUCCACAUCUUGAUCUCACAGGAGCCGCGCUCUUCGCACCGGCUACCGUUCAGUUGCUUCUUGCGCUGCAGUGGGGAUCGAGUGAUUACGGAUGGAGCUCACCGACAGUCAUCGGCUUGUUCGCCGGUUCAGGCGCGACAGCUAUCUUGUUCUUCAUCUGGGAAUGGCAUGUGGGCGAUGAUGCCCUGAUACCUUUCAGUCUAAUAAAGAAACGGAUUGUAUGGACGAGCACCGUACAAAACUCGUUCCUUUUUAUCACCAACGCUGUUGGCGCCACUUACGUCCCUAUCUAUUUCCAGAGUGUCAAGGGUGCCAGUCCCUCGCUAAGCGGCGUUUACACGCUGCCUUCCAUCAUAUCCCAACUGUUGACUAUACUUGUCUCCGGUGCUCUUUUGGGAAAAGUCGGUUAUUAUCUACCGUUCGGAAUCCUAGGGAGCGCAUUGACUGCCGUGGCCUGUGGUCUGAUAUCGACCUGGAAUCUGAGCACUUCAACGGCUGAAUGGAUCGGCUAUCAGAUACUAUUCGGUCUACGUGGAAUGGCACUGCAAGUGUCUGUAAUCUCAAUUCAACACGCCGUCACUCCGGCACAAAGCCCUAUCGCAAUCACGUUCUUGGUAUUCGCACAGAAUCUACUAGCAGCCAUCUUCUCCGUCGCGAGCAACGCCAUAUUCACGGAGACCCUGACACAGCAGGUCUCCGUCCUAGCACCAUCAGUGAGCCCUCGAUCGGCGCUAGAGGCCGGUGGAGGUGCCGAAGCAGUGCGAGCCUUGCUUCCGCCUGGGAGUCCGGAGCUAACCGGGCUACUACUCGCGUACUCGAGGAGCGUGAACAGCGUCUUCUACCUCUUGACGGCGGUUGCGGUCGUAUGUUUCGCUGCGUCGUGGGGGAUGGGGUGGGUUGAUAUACGCAAGAAGAAGACUCCAGAAACGAAUGAGGCAUGAGGGAUAGCUGAUUCACGAGGUGAUGUCAUCUUUCACAACAGGCAACAUAGGCCAUGUGUAUACCAGGUUCUCAUUCAAUCUUCGUGAAAUUGGGUGUUAUGUGCAGUUCGUCGUGAACUCCAUGUAAUCCUCUAGAGAGGUCUCAAAGUGUACCUAUAACUAGGGCAGGUGACUAGGCUUGGAAUUAAAGCUAUUCACAUUACAAUGAGUAACUACAUAGUAGGGCUGCAGGAGUUCUUGGCCAACCGAUUCCUCCUUAGCCUUAGUGGCUUGAGUCGGCUCUGUAUACAACUGGUCUGCCAGCCCUGACCGCCUAGGUCUCAUUGGCUUUAUUCAUGAAGCGAAGUUUGUAUAGCCUCAUUUCCCAAUAUUG